GCGUGGGAGAGCCUGGAGCAUCCGCUGACAGAAAGGUCAAAUCCACUGGCCCGACUUUAGGGCGCCUUGUCCCUCUGUAACCCAAGUACCUGGGUACCUCUACCUAACUUCAAUCGCAAACUGUCCCGUCACCACAAACCACGGGAUCAUGUCUACAGUACCGGACCUCCACCGUGACCGGGCAUUUUCAGUCUAUUCUACACCUCAGGUCCCAACUUGGCAUCCACAAGAAGAGGCAAGCUGAUGGACGGCAUCCGAUAAUGCACAAAAUCAAUCAACAUGGCCACCACCACCACCGCAACCCCUGGUCCGCGUAAUGAAUUCUUCAAGCAGCUCAGGACGGUCUGUGUCCCCUUGAGUCGCCUUGCCCUCCAGUCCCCAGACAAGGCGGCCGCUGCCAAAGAAAUCUUUACCCAUGUCGAAUCCCUCAGUGAAAUAUGGGCAGCUCAAGUGAGCAGUGAUCCUACCGUUCUCGAUGAGAAGUUGGCCGAAUAUACUUUCUUCCCCGUUAGCCACCUGCUCCGCUUCCAUGAUCAGUUCCCGGUACGCGUAGUCGAAGCCAUCAUCAAGUUGCUUAGGUUCCUCAUCCAAUACGGCUGGAAGCAAAAGAUAUCGGAGGACUUGGCCGUACAGCUGCUCUUCUUCUUCUCCUUCACCAUUAGCGGCACUCCAGGCCAGGCCAAGAAGCGUCAUGCGCCCGAGGAAACCGCGGUUGAAGGAUUCAAAGCCCUCGGAGCUCUCAUUACCGCGAUAGGACCCACAAGCUUAUUGGCAAGUAAAGCACCCGGGGAGGAAAAUGAGACAGUGACCGCACUAGGCCCUGCUAUUACCGUCACGCUGGAUGGCAUUACCGAUGGUGUGGCCCCUACAGUCCAGCUGGAAGCGCUGGAAUGCUUGCAGGCUGUUUACACCACAACACGCAAUCAGCAUGUUCUUGCUCGGUUCCUUCCGGGUACCGUGUCCUCGCUCACCAGAGUCCUGGCACCGCCACUACAGCCAAAGACACAGAGGAGGGUUCUUGUGCGAUGCUUACAGGUCCUCGGUAUCGUUCUCGUGAACGUGUUGAGUGACAUCAAGAUUCGUGGAAUCUUAAAGCAGAUUGAAAUGGAAGACAAAGCAAAAGUCGACGACGCUCAGCCCAGCGGUGGCGCGGAAAAGCCUCAGACUGAACUGACACCCGCUUGGCUCAGGGCUACGACAGCUCAGAUCAAAAUCGCCUUGGCCGCAGCGCUCAAAGUUCGGACUCAUGAGGCUCCAGACGUCCAGUCAGCUGUCAGCAAGUUCUGUAUCAGCUUGUUGGACGAAUGCCACUUAUCACUAGCCAACUGCCAGUCGAUCCUGGUAGAGAGCGCAAUGAUGGUCGAGAACGAAGAGAACGAACGCUCAAUGCUCGAAACUAGCUUGCAGGAUCUUGCCGCCAUACACCCCGAGUUGGGCGAUUGUAUUCAGGCUACGCUUUACAACUGGGUCAUUAGCCUCCCCAGACUAAUCGAAUCUAACGAUGAGCGUAUCAAGCAACUUGCAGUUAGAAAUAUCCUUAGGGGUUCUAAAAUGGCCUCAGCCAUGGGAAUAGACUCGUCCACGCUGAACGAUUCGUUAGGCGACUCUCUCAGGGACAGCAUAGUUGCCUUGGUCAAGGGCUCAAGGCCCUCCAAGGUGGUGGGAGAUGUUGAUGAGAAUAGCUUGUCCACAGCCACGGACCUUACCGUGUCACGCCCCAAUAUUCAGUUAUACCCUCCAGUUUUGUUGGAUUCGGAGGGCAUUAAGUCGACAAGAGCGGAGAUCACCAAGCUGAUUGCCAACAUUGGCUCACCAGCCCAGCAAACAAAGCUAGCCGCUGCAAUGCUAGGCGGCUUGCGAGACUCGGAAGGCGUCGAACAGAUUGCCUCAUACUGGCUUGCGUUUGAGCUUCUCAAGACAACGUAUAACAGUACAUCGGAUAUGGAAGACCUGGUAGACAUGUCUUCUCUCGAUGAGAACCGAUACCAAGAGCAGGUCUUCCAGGAGCUCUACGAUUUUUCUGCGUCCAUCUUAGCUUCCCAUUCAGACUCACAGGACAACGACUGGCGUGUCGAGGCAAUUGCCCUCGAAGUGACUGCUUUUGCGGCAUCCAGAAUGAAGGAGGAUUUCCGGCCGGAGCUGAUUGACGUGCUCUACCCUGUCACCACAUUCCUCGGGUCGCCGACACCCCAACUGCGCAGUCAUGCCAUUACGACAUUGAACGUGAUAGCAGCCUCUUGCGGAUACAAGAACGUCUCGGAGCUGGUCGUCGAUAAUGCGGAUUACAUGGUCAAUUCCAUUUCUCUCCGCCUCAACACUUUUGACAUCUCGCCAGCCUCCACCAAGGUAUUGGUGAUGUUGAUACGUCUAACAGGGCCACGAUUGAUUCCCUUCCUGGACGACGUUGUAGCCGCCAUUUUCGCCGCUCUGGACAACUACCACGGCUACCCCGUAUUUGUCGAGAGCCUGUUCUCCGUUCUCUCCGAGAUAGUCACUCAAGGCGUGAAAUCGGACAUGCUGCUUCUCGAAGGAUCCAAUCCUCAAGCCGUCAGCCACCUCAAGCGAGGUCCGCAACCACUGGAUAUCGACUACAUAGUCGACACCCUCAACAAGCGUGCUGAGCGAACCAAGCGAGCCCGAGAAGAAGAGGCCGAACCUCCCCAACCGCACCCCAAGAAACCCUGGGGCCCGGGUAAGACCGAGGAAGAUUCCCAAGCCAAGUCACUCCUCGACCAACUCGAAAACCCCGACCCGGAAGAAGGAGGCGAAAAGGAUGGUGGUCUACCAGAUGAUCCUUCCUCUGCCCUCGCCACCCGCGAAGACGAAGAAAAGAAGAACCAGCCCUCCAACACGCCCACCUACGCCUUACUCACCCGCGUCCUCACUCUCUCGCAGCACUACCUCACCUCUCCCACGCCGACCCUGCGCAAGUCCCUGCUCGACCUCGUGGCGACCGUCUCCCCUGCCCUAGCUCCGGACGAGAACGCAUUUCUUCCACUUGUCCAUACGGUCUGGCCAGUCGUGGUGGCCCGGAUCAAGGACCCGGAACCGUUCGUGGCCAUUGCCGCAUGCAAGGCGCUGGGAAGCAUGUGUGAAGCCGCAGGCGAUUUUAUGGCUAGUAGGUUCAAACAGGAGUGGGGAGAUGGGAUGGCGAAGUGGCUGAGAGGUAUCAAGAAGGAGGCUGUCAAAGGGAGGGAGAUGCCCAAAAGAACGGGAACGGGAGCCGGCAGAGCGUUUAUCACUGGUGGUAAGAAGGUUGACGACAUGGAGAUUGUGUUGCCUAUUCAUGGUCCCAAUGGAGGGCACCAGCUGAGCUCGAAGCAGUUGGUUUCGACAACGAGCUCGACUGGGGGCGGAGCGCUAGGCAGGUUCUCGCAGGCUCAUCAGUUGUGGGAUGCGGCGCUGGGGUUAGUUACGGCUAUUUUGAAGUAUGUGAGGGUGGAUGACGAGAUGUUUGAUGAGAUACUGGAGGUGGUGGUUGAUGUGUUACAUGAACCGGAGAGGAGGGAAUUGAAAGAGGCGUUGGAGACGAUCAAUGCUGAUGCGGUUUGGUUGGCGUUGCAUGAGAGGGGGAAAGUGAAGGGAAUCAAGAGUAUGCCACGGGCUGUGAAGGGGUUUGGGUUUGAGUUUGUAAGGGUGCCAGGUGUGGUGGCUUAAGAGGAAGAGAUUGAGCAUCUGUGACAAGCGACGUAGGGUAAAUGUUGCUUGUAAGUCAACCCAGCGAGUUUGGUUAUAACAGAUCGCGAUGUACUUCAAGGUCAAGUUUGACAGAAGAAAAGUGCAGGGUAAGUGACGAUAACCAACUGGCCCCAGGGACCGAGUGCCGUAGUAUGUAUCUUGAUCAACGGGGUUAGGGUUAAAAGCACGCUACUUCGGCUUACCCCUCCCGAUACACUAGAAACCUUCCAGCC